UCAGCUUGUGUAAUAUCUAGUCCCAAAACUUAGAUCAUUGAUGGGUUUGGAUUGUGUUAUCGAUAUAGAUCUUGAGUUGUGCUUGACAGGACGGAUUUAUACCGUAACACGGUCCAAUAUUGCAGCUGUUUAUGAGUCACGUGGACUGAAUCAUACAAAGAAGAUUCAGCAACCUUGGUAGCUUUCAUUCGAGAAUAUUCGAUUGAUAAAGGAGGACUCUGUAAACGCUGUGACUAUGACAUUAAAGAAAAUGUUCCAGAAAUUAUCAGACAUUGAGAUGCAUCAUAUGCAAUGUAUGAUGGCACUAUAUCUAGAACUUGCGUGCCUGACCGUGGUGGAUCAUCCGGAUGCAGCUGGAUUGGUUCGACUGACCGCCACUGUCUCAUGUUCUCAUCAACACAUGGUAUCGGGUAUCAUGACGACCUUUAAGUGUACUGCUGGUCUCUUAACCGGUACAAUAUUUCCAAUAAUAUUGGAUGCGAUACAAUUACAGGAUGUAGAGCUAAUCAACGUCGUGUAUUGUCAGAUUUCUCAACACAUAGAUGAAAUGUCAAGUGAAUCAACAAACACAGAACAGAAAUUCCAUGAACUUCAACGUAAAAUUCUGGAAAAUAUCGUUGGUGUCAAUGAAGUAUUAAAACAGAUCCAACUGCAAAAUACGGGUACAGCCGCCGAAGCUAGUCUUGGAAAGGUUCAAGGUCUCCGUGAAGCCGUACAGUGCCUCGAUGAUUUAGAACGUCCGAUUACGAGAAUCAUUCAGUUCUGGAAGGACAUGUCUCAAACUUUCUCGCUUCUACAAGAUAAUAUGCCGGCGACGUUGCAGCUGAAUAAAAUUAAAGUCGAGCAAAGAAGACAAGAAUUUAGGAAAGCUGUCAAAAAUGUCGAAUCGGACUGGAAGACCUUCGAAAAGAUCUGUAACGAUCACGUACGUGACAAUGACACGGAGAUUCUCAAUAUGUAUGACUUUCUAUCGUCUUCUUUCAACCAAAUGUCAAUCGAUGAAAGAAUAGCCAGGCAGAGGAAGCUGCGGUCGGCUGUCGGCGGAUGGACACUCUGAGUCAGGAGGAUAUAAUUAGCACAACAGCAUAUGAAAAAUUCCUGCAGGUCUAUGAGCAGUCUACUUUCAACGCCUCGUGGAAGAUAAAGCAAUGUAUUCAACGUUUCAAACUACACACGAUUAUUAUGUCACGUAAAAUCUAACUGUGUCUCCCUUACUUAUUACAUUUAAACUGCAUUGCACAGCAACCAUAGAAAAUGUUUCCUUUAAAUGUUUCAGUCGCUAUGUGAGUAUUUGACAUGUUAACAUAUACAUAUUUUGAAGUAAACUUAUUUUUAAACGUUAUGCUUUCAAUAUGGUUUCAAAAUAGUAAGAUUAUACUAUUUUGUCUUUUUGUCUUACCAUUGCUGUGUACGUAAUAUAAAAAAUUUAACAUAUCAAAGUACUGCAAGUACUGGUGGCGCGAUUUUGCUCAUAUUUUGUGGUCGUAAAAACACUAUACACCGUGAUGCCAACGAAUCACCUUUGUUGAAUAAAAAAGAUGGAAUUAAGGAAGGUUAACAGGCUGUCAACAUAAUAUAUGAUUUGGCUAUUGGUGUUAAAAGUAAAUGCUGCUUUUUAAAACAAGUCUU